AUGGAGUCGAUGCCCGGACAGCUUCGAGACGCGGGACGAGACGCCAGCUCCUCCCCGAGUUCAAAGCAGGACGCACCGAGCUUCUCCAGCCCGAGCUCCCUCAAACCGAACCAAGUGAGCGAGACCUCCCUGUACGGGGUGCCCAUCGUGUGUCUGGUCAUAGACGGGAAGGAGAGGCUCUGCCUGGCACAGAUCUCCAACACCCUCCUGAAGAACUACAGCUACAACGAGAUCCACAACCGCCGGGUGGCUCUGGGCAUCACCUGCGUGCAGUGCACCCCCGUCCAGCUGGAGCUCCUUCGGCGCGCCGGGGCCAUGCCCAUCUCCUCCAGGCGCUGCGGCAUGAUCACCAAGCGGGAGGCCGAGCGGCUCUGCAAGUCGUUCCUGGGAGCGCACAGCCCGCCGAAGCUGCCGGAGAAUUUCGCUUUUGACGUGUUUCACGAGUGUGCGUGGGGCAGCAGGGGCAGCUUCAUCCCCGCCAGGUACAACAGCUCCAGAGCGAAGUGCAUCAAGUGCAGCUUCUGCAACAUGUACUUCUCCCCGAAUAAAUUCAUUUUCCACUCCCACCGCACCACAGAGUCAAAGUACCUGCAGCCGGACGCGGCCAACUUCAACUCGUGGAGGCGCCACCUGAAACUGACGGACAAAAAGUCUGAGGACAUUAAUCACGCGUGGGAGGAUGUAAAGGCCAUGUUCAACGGCGGGAGCAGAAAGAGGACUCUGCCCAUGAACGGGUCGGGGAUGUCCUCGUCCAUGAAGUCUCAGGCCUCGUCCAGCCUGGCUCCAACCAGCUCCCCGGAGAUCCCCCACAAAACGUUACGCUGCGACGAGGACCAGGGGAGUAACAACCUGAGUUUGGCGGGCGGCGCUCGGACCUACCCAGUCAUCCCAGUGCCCAGCAAGAGCUUUGGCAUGCUUCAGAAAAUCCCCCCACCUCUGUUCCCACACCACCCCUAUGGCUUCCCGAGCUACGGCCUGUGUCAGAAGAAGAGCGACGGUCUUCCUGACGCGAGCAAAACCAACGUGUCUGGCGUGUUUUGGCCCGGCGCAAAAGACACCCUCUACCCCGCCUUCCCCAUGUUCUGGCCCACAGCUGGCGGCCUACCAAUGCCCCCUUACCCGGGCUCUCCACCCAAACCUCCUCCAGAGCUGCCAGGCAUCCGGCAGGGCGAGCUGGACUUAUCGGACCAAAGCGACCGCGGCGCAAACACACCCAAAGACUCCAACCACCACCCCAACCACCAGCAGGACGCCGGAGAGCGCUGCUCCAGCUCCCAGUCCUCCUCCAGGAACGACGACGAUAAGUCAGGGGACGAGACCCCUCAGAGGAAAAUCAGCUACAUCUCGGCCUUCAGACCCGUGGUCAAAGACGCGGAGACCAUCGCCAAACUCUACGGCAACCGGGACGGCUACGGCGUGCGCCCUGGCUACCUGUCCCCGGAUUUUAUCAGCGAGAGUUCUAGUUACAGAUCGGUGUCGCCGGACAGGGACAGCGUGGUGGACGACGACGACGACGACGACCCGGACGUGGACGUGGAGUCCAACCGCGGGCAAGACGAGAACGAGCCGAUCCAGAUCUCACCAGGACGGGACCACCACGACUCCCCUGUCCCGGACCGGGUCUCCUCUGGCGCUGAGGAGAGUCAGGAGCAGCCCGAGGUCUCCAGCCCGGCAGCAGCUGCAUCACCGGAGGACUCCGCGCACACUGGGUCAUCAGAUGAGGACAGACGGAUGCGUAAUGGCUCCCCUCUUCAUGAAGUGUACGCUCAGGAGAAGGACGGCCACGCGCUCCUGCACGAGCCCAAACAAUCGGGCCGAUCCAACGGCGUCCAUCACGUGUCUGAACUGCAGAGUCAACGCACUGCGACGUCUCAUCCGGAGCUGAAGGACAGACAAGCCGACGGAGCUUUACGCAUCGACAUCAGCGUGCACGAGAGAGACCUGGAGAACAUGGCCAAAGAGGAGCUGCAGAAGCAGCUUGUGGAACAAGUCGAGCUGAGGAAAAAGCUGGAGAGAGAGUUUCAGCAUUUGAAAGAUAAUUUUCAGGAUCAAAUGAAGCGUGAGCUGUCCUACAGAGAGGAAAUGGUCCAGCAGCUGCAGAUUGUUCGAGGUUGGUCUCUCUCUCUCAUGACGCCCUUCACCAUUUCUCCUGCAAGAUGCUCACCCCUCGCCAGUGUACCGGAGCCUGCACCUUCAAGCCCCCGCUGCUGCCUCCGUAGUGCCCCGGCACGACCUCCCCCACCACCACCCGACCCCAGCACAGCCAAAAAUAAAACACCACCCACACACAGGUCCGCCUCCACAGCUCUCACCUGUCACCUGAGGACUACCCACCCGCUGUACAGUCACACAGUCACCUCUCAAUAAACCGAACUCUUGAGUGAAAGACGCUCAGAAGUUGAGUUCAUUUUAUGUUGUGAAUCGAAGGAUUGUGGAUGUGAAGCUGCAGAGGAGUCUCUCCGCAUCAAAGCCGUCUGCUCUUUUAGCUUCUCCGAGAAGAAAAAAAACAACACUAUACACAUAAACAUAUAUAUAUCACGUGACGAUGUGCAAUGGCUUGUAUAAUUGUGAUAUUAAGUUCAAGAUGAAUCUUCAUUAUUUAGCUUUUGUUGCUUGUUUGAAUAUCUUGAGUUUUUACAUCUCUUUGUUAUUGAUCUGUCAUUGCUUUAACAUAUUCAUUGUUUAGAUGUUUUGUUUUAACACUGUACAUGUUGUUAAGCACUUUAAAUGGGCAACAUUUGACCAUGCCGUCUGAUACCAAAUUCUUUUAUCCAGAAUAUGUUUAAAACAGAGCGCAUUAUCAGGAGCACUUACUUCAACAGCCGCUCAAUGAAUGAUUUUUCUCUCACCGAGCUCAAAGAUGAUUUAAAAACAGUCCUGAGCCAUUUAUAGAUGUACAGUUUAGACUAUUUUAACACAAAUCCAGCGACAUAGUCUUCUCCGUUUCAGGGUUUUUUCUAUCAUCACACACAUCUGUGGGUCACAAGAGACGAAACCAAAACUUUUUCCUAUCAUCUGAUGAUCUGAUUUUAUAAGAAGACGCUGUAUGAACUGAAACACAUGCAAUCCACCAUCUGCGUUUCAUCCUCUGUCAUUUGUUGAAUUUGGUUUGUAAAAAACACAAAGAGCCGUUCUAAGAGAAACAAAUCCUGAUUUCUGACACUACUCAUGAGUUACUCAUUUAUGUAUGUACCCAUGUCAAUAUUAAUAAAAUGUGAAAGCCACUCUC